CAACUUUCACUUGGGCAGCUAAGCUAGGCCUAGUUGUAGUUCUUUCUCGCUGCCUGCUUCCAAACGCACGUUUAAAGAUCAGAGGAAAGGAGUAAAUGAUGGUGGAUGUGUGAUGCUUUAUUAUUGUUGUAUAAAUAAUUAGUUUAUACAUCUUUGUUUAGUACGUAUACUACUGGAAGACUAUAUUGAUGCAAAUGCUCUAAUUGACUCCAAGUCGACGCGAUAUUGGAUGUGAUUUUGGAGGAGGUCGAAAACGCGUCGCUUUGCUAGGCUAGUAGUAGUAGUGUCUAAUAAAUUGCGUGACCUUGCAUUCGUGGUUGACCUGAACGGCGUAGCCUAGGUCUAGGCUAGACGGCUGAUUUGGAACUAAGCCUAGCCUAAUCAAGCUCGUACCAGCGCCACGGGAAAUUUAGACAGGAAUACUGUACAUACGGAACUAUAAACUGUUAAGACAAAAUGCAGCCUGGUCAAAUGCCCUUAAAAAGGAAGGCUGGAGGGGAUGAUGGAGAUGAUGAUGAAGGAAGUUCCACCAAAUAUGCAAGAAGUGUAGAUGAUGAAAGGGUUGAUAAGGAGCGAUUUGCGAGAGAGAACCAUAGUGAGAUUGAGAGGCGACGUCGAAACAAAAUGACAGCAUAUAUUACCGAGCUUUCGGACAUGGUCCCAACAUGUAGCGCACUUGCUCGUAAACCCGACAAGCUGACAAUUUUGCGGAUGGCUGUGUCUCAUAUGAAGUCCCUGCGAGGAACUGGAAAUACAAAUGCUGAAGGAGCAUAUAAACCGUCAUUCCUUACGGAUCAAGAGCUCAAGCACCUAAUUCUAGAGGCUGCUGAUGGGUUCCUGUUUGUGGUCUCGUGUGACAAUGGUCGUAUUAUUUAUGUAUCCGAUUCAGUAACACCUGUCCUCCAUCAUUUGCAGAAUGAUUGGUUUGGAAAGAGUCUGUAUGACGUGAUACAUCCUGACGAUACAGAUAAGGUGAGAGAACAGUUAUCAACAUCGGAGCCGCCAAAUAGCGGAAGGAUUCUCGACCUUAAAACCGGAACAGUCAAGAAAGAAGGCCAUCAAUCUUCUAUGCGCUUCUGCAUGGGUUCUCGACGAGGUUUCAUCUGCCGUAUUAAAUACGGGAAUGCCCCAGUUGAUCCCAUCACCAUGGGACGGUUUUGUCAAGCUAGAAAUCGUAGCAGCUUGGGCUCAACAAAAGAGGGCGAGCAAUACGCCGUUGUCCAUUGUACUGGAUACAUUAAAAACUGGCCACCAGCUGGAGGUGUCAAUCUGGAACAGCAGGAUGUAGAUGGCGAUGGGCACAAUUCAAAUCACUACUGCUUAGUUGCUAUUGGUCGUUUACAAGUUACCAGUACACCAAAUUGCUCUGACCUAGGGGGCGCUAGCACACCAAAUGAGUUCAUAUCAAGGCAGGAUAUGGAGGGAAAGUUUACAUUCAUUGAUCAAAGAGUAGUUGGAAUAUUGGGCUACCAGCCACAGGAACUUCUGGGCAAGUGUAGUUAUGACUUCUACCAUCCUGAAGACCAAGCCCAUCUAAGGGAAAGUUUUGAACAAGUCGUCAAGUUGAAAGGGCAAGUGCUGUCAAUCAUUUAUCGUUUCCAAGGAAAGAAUCGUGAAUGGGUGUGGAUUCGAACCAGCUCCUUUAGCUUUCAGAAUCCAUACACGGAUGAAGUGGAAUAUAUUGUAUCUACCAAUUCUUUUGCAAAAAAUAUGCAGCAGCCCCAUACACAAGAAGCUCUAGAUGGAGUGAAUAAAGUGAAAGGCCCUGAUGCGACAACAGUAGGUCCUUACUCUACCAGUCUACACCAAGGUGCAGGCUAUCCACAUACAGAGACUAACCAAGACAAACGGGUGACUGAUGGCAAAGCUGAAGCCAUGUCUAGGUACUCUGUGUACAGAGGCCCUAUACCUCAAGGCCCAAGCAGCAAGCCGGGUGUGCUAGCCCAGACAUAUGGAGUGUCAAACUACCCGAUGCCAAGACCUGGGCAUGGUUAUGGUCCUGUACAGAGUGAAGAUCGAUCAGGAGCACAAGCUAGUAAAGGAGGCUUUUUACAGGGCUCAGGUUCUUGGCCACCAUCCUCUCAAUAUCAAGCACAGGUAGAGGCUGGUCCAUCAACUGUGUCUACUCCACCUGCCCAGUAUUCCAGGAAUCAGCCUGCAAGUAAUCAGACGUCAUCACCAACACCCACCUACACACAAUUACAGGCAAACCCACAAAGAAGUAUAGGCUUCUCAUAUCAGCAACAACAGCAGGACAAACAAACAGUGCAAGCCACCAUGGCUGCGUAUGGCCGAGCGGAUGCCCAAGGAGUCAGCCGGAGAGACCCUGCGAUGUGGCAGCAGUGGCAACCAACCAACCAGGGCUCAGAGACUGCGCAAGCACAGACACAAGAAUUCUCCGAGAUCUACAGUAUGCUUGAUGGACAGCAACCCACAUUCAGCACACAAGUUGAGCCAGAAUUCAAUGACCUGCCAAUGUUCCCCCCAUUUUCAGAAUAGAACACUCGAUAAUGUUUUGUUCCAAUAGGUUGCUGCAGCCAGAGUCAGCUGUUUUAUUUUUUAUUGUAGGGAGGUUAGAGGGAGGGUCCUAUGGCAUUUAGGCCAGCUAAGUAUAUGGAUGAUGAAUGGAUAACCAUUUAAUAUAAAUUAAUAAUAAUAUUUGUUAUUAAAUCGUCACUCCUAUUAAAAGCAACAAUUUAAAAAGUAGUUUUAAUGAUAAUAUUUUAACUUUAUUUUCUCAAGGAGUGGAUUUCAGACUGAUAGUUGGUGCUAAUUCUUAUUAUAUUUUAACAAUUUUUAACAAGUUUUAAUGAAAUAUUUCAUUUUUUCCUAAAAACCCUUUAAUAUUAGAUUAACCAGGUUCAAACAGCCAGCAUGAUGGUACAGAAGAGAAUGUACGCCUGCAUAUAUAUUGAAGUAUUAUAUAAAUUUUAUUUGAUUUAUGUUAAUCUAUUUUUACAAAACAAAGACCCAUAAAUAACACAAGCUUUUAUUUAUUAUAUUGUUUCUGUUGACAAGCAUGUCAUACAUUUUAAGAAAAAAAAAAUUCUCUCUGAUGUGGUAGCAAAUAUUAUUGAGGAGUUAUCUGCCCAAAUUAGGCCAAGUAGUCAUCAUACUACUUGAGUACCAGCCUCAUAACGCUUCGGCCCUUUAGAUAGAAUCUGCAAAGACUUGGACCUAGCAGUAAUCUUUGCAUUCAUGCUUAUGAAGGCUGCAGUACAGUAGUUUCCAUAUAUAGUGGGCACAGACUGUCUUGGAUUAAACCAAGUUCUUUUAAGGCCUAAAUUCCGUAGUCUACUAGUAUAUUCUCCGUAAACAAACUUCCUGAUUUUCUCUAUUUCAAAAACCUGCUAUUUGUAGUUUAUUUUAGUUUAUUUAUUUGCAGUGAGCAAUGCCUUUAAAUUGAUCAAAUUGAUUUCCAUCAGAAUGGUGAUAAUCUGUUGCAUUAACUAUCAAACAUUAGUUGCCAUCCACAGAUGAAUUAUGUACAGUAUUGUCUUCGAGCGAAAACAGUUUCCAUCGAGAUAUUCUUAUCAAUGACAUUGAAUCAAAUGCCCGAUGUUGUUCAUAUUAAAUAUAAUGUCAUAAUCGUGUAUUAUAAUAAAAAUUUAAUCCAAAAUGGACAAAAAUUUAUGAAUACCUAAAUUACAGUCAGGUAUCUGGAAAUCACAGAUAAUUUUGAUAUUGAAGAAAUGAAUCAGUAAUGUAAGUGAAUUAUUUUGUAUAGCUACUCUUGUUGAUAUUUUAAAGGUGUUUGUUCAUCAUUGUACAUAUCAAUUACACGUAUUGUUAUGAUGAGUCUUUAUUUUGUUAAUAAUGAUGAUAAUGAUAAUUGAUAUUAACAUAGACAUCAGGUGUAUUUUCUUAGAAUCAAAUGGAAUUACAGAUAUAUUCUUUCAUAUGUAAUUGAUUUCAUAUCAUUUAAUUACUGAAUAAGUUGGUUUUUUUAGGUAAAUUAGUUUCAAUAUAUUGAUAAGCAAGUAAGCAAACGUAUCAGACUUUACUCAGUUGUAAAUUUAAUUCUGAAGGGAAUUUUUUCUAAUCAGUUCAUCUCAAGGAUCUGGUAAAUUUUAAUUGUAGAUUUGACAAAAAAAAUAGAAGAGAAUUUUCAUAUACGGUAAUUACAAAUUAAUUGUAAAUGGUUAUUAUGUAAUAUUUUGUUCAAUGCCAUUGGAUAAAAGUACAACUAUCUUGUAACAUAUAGCUUAAGGUACUUGUUUUGCCUUUUUUAUGCUAUGCUUUAGAGUGUUUAGGUAAUGUUUUAGCAUUUUAAUUUUCUUUUGUAAUUUAUGAACAUUGGUUUAUGCUACUGAAUGAGUCAUCAACGGACAUUCUGUAAGCAAUACCAGAUAAUGUUUAGUUGUCUGUAUUGAGUAUGUUUGUGAUAACAUUUGUUAGUUUUUUUUUGGCAUGUGGUUUUUAGGCUCUUAUGUGUAGUGUGUCUGGAGGCUCGAGCCUCUAUGUUUGGGUUCUAAGGCUCCUCUGUAAGGCGGUCCUAAAGCUCAUCUGUGUAGUGUCCUCUAUGAGAGUGGUCUGGAGGUUGUCUGUACGAGGACCUUGAGGCUCGUCUAUGUAUGGGACCUAAGGGUCGUAUAUCUCUGCAAGAUGUCUGGAGGUUCCUCUGUAUAGGUGGUCUAAAAACUCCAUCAUUCAGGCUCCUUUGUAAACAUGUUCUUGAUGUUCUCUGUGUAAGGGGUCUUAAGUCUUCUGUAUUAGAGGAUUUUGUGGUUUGUGUGAAAGGAGCCUGAAGAUGCCUCUUUGUAGAAGGUCUGGAGCACUUCAGAGUACAGGGUCAGUUCUUUCUCAUUCACAAAUAUGUACCUGUUCCAAGUUGUUAUUUAGAUGCAAUUCCAUUGGAUUUUGGAUACACAUAAUUUCAGAUACCCAUGUUGGAUUAUUUAUUGAUUAUUCAUUUUUGUUCAAGAAGCCAUAUCUACAUUUCGAAAAAAAAGUCAAGGUGGGUGAUUAUGUAUUUAUGAUUGUUUAGGAUAUUUUGUGUUACAUUAAAUUGUUAAAUAAUUACUCCUCUACCUAUCUGUAUUCGAUAUUUUAGUUGGUCAUAAUGCUAAAAGUAAUUAUGCUUAUCAAUAAUCAAAUAGUUUUAUCUAGUUUUGUAUCAAUAUCCUUAAUAUAUUUUUAAACAAAUAAAACGAUAUCAACUUACUGGCUUGUUUAAAAAUAUGUUAAGGAUAUUUUAAGAUAAUUAAAAAUACCGUACUAUAAAUUAAUUAGUUGGUCAUUUUCCAAUAGAUUUGUUAUUGGUUGGUCAGUUAUUUAUUUGAUCAAUAAAAAUUGACUAUUUAAAUGACACACUAUGUGUUGAUGUUAGAAGAAUUUAUUCAAAAGAAUAUUUUUUUCUGUAAAUCCUGUAAGUGUUAUAGAAUGGGUUUCUAUAUCCAAAGGAUUUUAUACUCUGAAAUGUUGCACUUGAAUCUUUAUAAAAUAAUUCCAUGUAUGGAAAUCAUGUGACGUUUACCACAUGCUGUAAAUCAAUCCUUCUUAGAUCCUUGUGUAUUAUUUUUUUGUGCGUUAUUUUUUUGUGUGUUUUCAUAGAUACUUUUGUUGCAUGUUAUAUAUUAAGUGCUAAUACCAACGCUGAUGUAUUUGUAAGUGAAUCCAUUGUUGUAAGUUUGACUCUCAAUCGGAUGUUAUUACUUCAAAUUUACCGAAUAAAAUGCAUUUUGGUGAUAUUGUGUAUAUCAUA